AUGUCUGGAAAGGACGAUAGUUCGCAGUUUCUGUUCUUGAUCACUUGCAUCAAGAACUCCAACAACGGCAAGCUUGAAAUCGUUUCUAAGGGCGCUGCCGCCAAGCGCUAUGAACGCCUCAUGAAGGCUCAUGGCAUUGGCACCAACGGCAACUCCGGUUCCAGCGCCCCCAAAAAGUCCCCUGUCAAGAAGGAGAAGGGCGGAGACAGCAGCAAGCCCGCCUCCAAGAAGCGCAAACUCAAGGAGGUCGACGAGAACGCUCCCGACGAGGAUGAGCCGAUCAAAGGUGAAGUCAAAUCUGAAAUCAAAUUUGAAGAUGCCAUCAACGUGAAGAUCGAACAGAGCAAUGGUGGUGUCGCAGUCAUGGCCGCACCCGCUUCGACCCUCCCGACUCCCCACGAGGCGCUGGAGCGGGUCAGCCAGGACGAUGACGAUGAAGUUCUUGUGAUCUCCGCGACAGAGAAGAAGUCCGAUGGCAGCCUUUCAGUCUAUGGCGGUGAUAAUCAUCAUCACCACCACCACACGCAUAUGUCGGCUCAACACAUUCCUGGCUUUCACUCUUUCGACUAUGCUGCUAACAUGGGAUAUCCAUUACAGACGGCUCCACCCAUGUCACCAAUGAUGACGAUGCCGGCGGUUUCUAGACCCAGUUCUGGAAAUGUUCUACCUUAUGGUUUUACACCAUCACCUUUCGGGCACAAUCACAAUACCCCUGGUUUCUUCUGGCAUGGUCAACACAUGAUGGCUCGACAAUCUGAAGGUCACCACAUGGAAGAAUCUACGGAUAAGGGAUUGUAA